AUGGGGGAGAAAGUAACACUAAAGAAAAAUAGGUAUGGAUCCAACCCUAUUGGGGAAAUCAUUGAUCAUGCUGAAACCACUCUUGAGGAACCACAUGUUGAAGCACAUGUUGAUCCACUUGUUGAACCAAAUGUUGAAACAAUUUUUUCUGAAGACCUAAGAGAGGAGAACCCUAAAAAUGAAGAACAUGAGGUUCAAGGUGAAUGGAAUGUAGAAGCUGGUGUGGAUGAUGACAUUCCUAUUGCCCAUAUAAUGAAGAGCAUCAUUGAAAAUGUAACCAAGUCUGAAGAUAAAGAUACUCAUGAGAAGGCUAAAAAAAUGGUGGAUGUGAAUGAAGAAACUGAAACUAAUGAAGAACUUGUUGUUACUAUGCUGAAGAGUAUAGCUUGGACGCCCGUGAAUAAGAAAAGAAAGGUUCAAGAGAAAAUUACUGAGAAGAAGUCUCUAAAGAGAAAGCUAGCUCAAUCAAGUGACUCUGAGACAUAUGCUAAAGAAGAUGUCCAUGACAUUGCGUCUACCAUAAGGAGAAAGGUUGGUGGAAAGAGAAUUCUUAUGAGUGUUGUUGUUGCACCCGUGGAUAAUAGGUUAUUCCAUUGUGAAAUAAAUGUUCAGAAGUGGAAGUAUGUUUUUCUAAGAAGGAUUUCUUAUGAAAGAGAGCUAGGUACCGAUGCUCUUGAUUGUAAAGAAAUUAUGGAUUUGCUGAAGGCUUUUGGGCUAAUGAAAACUAUAGCUGAUUUUGGUCCCUGCUAUGAAAAGUUGUUCAAGGAAAUCAUAACGACCAUUACUAGUGAGUGUAAUCUUGAAGGAAGUAGCGAUUAUAACAAGGUUUAUGUAAGAGGAAAGUGCAUGAUAUUUUCACCCUCCAUCAUUAAUGACUUUUUGGGUAGAAGCAAGUCUGCAAAGACAUAG